CAUCGCAGUAACACGCGCGCGCCACCCCGUCGUAAUUAUCGACUAUUUUCGUGAUACAUAUAUCUGUCAUCUUGUCUCUUACACUUUCUUUCUUUUGUCUUUUAGUGUGCUAUUGUAAUGUUUGUUAUUACUGUGAAUUUCAUACUGAGUUAACUGGAAUCGUUGUGAAUGUCAGGUGCAGAAAUACAGGUCCUAUAGUGUGUACUACGUAGUAGUAGUAUAGUAGCCGCUCGUGUUGUUCUCUGCUGCAGUUUGGUUUUGUUGUUUUUAUUGGUGCCUGGUGGUGCACGGGCGUGUAUGUAAUAUAUACGCUUCACACGGCUACUGUCCACUGACCCUUUUGUCUUCUCUCAGGGGAACUCGAGAGUAAGAGCACAGGAGGAGGGAAGAGGAAGAGGAGCGUGCAAGGGCACAUAAACGUGACCUAACCCUAACCUUAGUGGAAAAAAAAAAGAAGAGAAGGAUAUGCGAGAUAAAAAGUAUCAGUAGACGUACUCGUACGCGAAGCAGUAGUGUUGUUUCGUUGUAUGUUUGUUUGUUUUGUUGUUUAAGUUUGUUUUUUUUUGGUCUGGGCAAAGUUCAGUUAAAAUAAUAAAAUAUAUAUACGUAUUUAAAGUGCUAAUGUGAAAAAUGGACGUGAAAGAGGACACUCGCCUCUUUUGUUUCUUCGAAUAAUUCUUUUUAAACAUCAAAAAGUCAUGGUGGUGGUUGUCUUACUGAAAGUGAAAUUUGUCGCUGAUGACAAGUGCGUGAGUUUUUUCGGUGCCAGUGACAACACUUAUUGAACGUGAGUGCGAGACGUCAGCAAGAUAAACGGUGCGAAUAAUCGUUACCAAGAUCCUGUGCAUUAUCCUUUUUCCAUCUCACCUUGAAGCAACGCACAUAGGCAAGAAAGGACCAGACCGGCCUGCUGCGAUCAUGGAACUUCCAACGAUAGUCGCGCCGUGCAGUUAAGGUCGGGCCGUUAAUGCCUGAUGGCGCGCGCUGGCACGCAGCGCUGGAGGAAUCCCGCUCCAGAAGGUGACGAUGUGCAGCGAUCGAUCGAGCUGUUGGACAAAGUGCUCUCCGAAUACGACGAGCACGAGGUCGAGGGUGAAGGUGGCGGAGGUGGCGGCGGAGGCGGGGUCGGUGGCAACGGACUCGCGACCGAUUGCAGCAGCAGCACCGAGCCGAGCAUUGGCCUCACGCCGGAUGACGAGAGCCCGUCCUUAGGACAUCAAUCCGAGGACGACGGAUACAUGAGUAUGAAUGGCAGGAAAGCGAAAAUGGCGUUGGUGGCAUUGCGCCCGGUACCGGACUGCCCUGAACCCCAGGACUCCAUGGGAGCUCCGGCCCAGGAAUUCCCUCCGCCACCGGAAGAGGCCGAACGCAUAAUCUCAACUCUCCUCCCCAUGGUGAUUUUAUCGCAGUUUUACAGUGAAAAUUCUCCUAUUCCCACGGUGCCAGUGGAACGAAGGACACUGCCUACCGAUCUCCCUGGCCCGUCGAGGCGGCGUCCCUUCACGAAGCGCCACUCGCCCUCGACCGAGGCUUACUCGUCCGGCGGUAGCAGCAACAACGGAGGUACGAUGCCGAGUAGCAACAACGGGAACAACAGCAGCUGUCCCAGCAGCAAUGGUAACGGCAACGCAGCCACCGGCUCGGGGAUGCAGACGAGCAGCUCACUCCCGGAGACUCCGGUCUUUGCCCGCGGCAGUGACAUACCAAGGACGCCCCAGCACGCCAAUACCGGCGUACCAUCGACGCAGCCGCGCAGACAGCCUGGCUGGUAUGCCCCGACCACUGCCACGACUGGAUACCGAAGAAACAACCCAGGACUGGAGCAGGCGAUAAUCGGUACGGAGCUGCUGCGACUCGCUGGAGGUCCAAAUCGCGGCUGGUAUCCGACGCGCAAGUCCAACCAGCCGCGGCCGGCGUCGAUCGAGCACCUCGAGCGCCUGAACAGCACCUACGAUGCCAGAUUGGCCGGGGCGGCCGAGCAACGGAAACCGCUCACUUUGCCGACCAACAUCACGCCCAACAAGUACUUCGGCCAAAGUAAGCACAGCUCCACCUCCAGUACGCGCGAGGCGCUACGCAGGGUCACUAGCUUACUCAUCAAGAAAGGAAACAACGGGGGCAAAGACGGGAAAAACGGCAAGGACAACGCCUCACCCUCCGGUCCUUACGCCGUGGUUUGCCCCCAUCCAGUUGUUCCAGGUAUCGAGGCGAACGAAGCGCCCAAAAAGAAGAGCUUCUUCAAGAACUUCUGGAAGCGCUCGCGACACUAUUCUCUCGAAAACCAAUAGCCCAGGUGCGCCAGGGUAGCCAAUAACAACAGCAAUCGCCAGCGACACGCUCAUCAACGCACGGGUCUCGGGCACGGCCAGCCGCAGCAGCAGCUCGCCAUCUCGGCCAACCCGUGCUGUUGCAUCGUCCAGUAGAACAGAAAAAGAGAGAAAGAAUAUUGAUGAAAAAAAGGCCAUCGGAAAAAAAAACAACGCCUUAAUCAGCUGCAUUAUGCGGUCCGUGCGUGCUUGCUCGUUUUUGAGGUUAGGUGGGCGCGCACCGCACAUACACACCCACACACUCGAGUGCGCCCUCCUCCUUCGAUGGAAACCCCGAUCGAUCGAGUCCUCUGGAUAAGUAUAUCUGGCUUGACUUUUUCUUGCUUCUUUUUGUAUAAGAAUAGGGAUGACUCUGGCGUAACGAGUUUUUUCUAUUAACUUUUUAUCAAGAGGGACACCCCGAACGUAUAAAGAACUCCCCGUAAAUACUACGAUAUGGUGCAAAUUAAUGAUUUGGUGAAUACUUGUACGCCAACUCGAGCAGUUUUUGAUUAUCUUUGAAGAUUUUUGACAUCUUGUCAACUGGAUCGAGCAUAGUCCGCGUUCGCUGUCCCUCUGUAAUUAUAUAUGCUCUGUAAGCCUAAGAAACACAUUUUUAUAUUAAAAAAAUACUCUGUGAGAUUACCAUUGGGGUUACCAAUGGAAAUUUUCAAUCGUUUUGAGUAGACCGGCUAUUUUGUAGGCGAUUAUCUGAGAGUGAAAAUGAAAGAAAAAAAAAAAAUAAUUGAUAAGAUAUUUAGGGUACGUGUACAAAGUUUAGUAGAGUGUAUGAUGAGCGUUCGAGUGGAGGUGUUUUUUACGUGUAAUUCCGAGUCUAAUGGGACAAUCCGUUUGAGAAAAACUUUUUUCAUUGCGAAUCAAACAUUGCGUAACUCGAUGAAUGUGUAAAUAAUAUUUGUGUUUCGAGACAUUGGAAGCGAUAACUUCGAGUUCAUUCCUAUUCUUAUAACGAGGAAAAAGCAACAAGCACAAUAGGAAGCGAAGAACAAACCACCGAGUACAAGCACGCACUUUUGAAACGAAGGUGGUGAAUUUGCAAAAAAGAAAAAAAUUAAAUAAAAAAAAAAAAAAACUAGAUCAAUCACCACUGGAUUGGUAAGAGAUAAGAAAGCAUGAGAGAAAGGAAGAGAAAUAUUUUUUCCGGUCGCUGGACAUUCACCGAUGGAUUAUUGUCUACCCUGACGUCAAAACAUGUAAGGCUUUUUUUAUUCGUUUUUUCAUUUUUGUAAACGAGCUUUUACAAUUGUGCACAUGAGAAAACGAUGUAAUAAAUAAUACGUAACGUAAAGUGUGGAGUCCCCGGCACAAGAUCGCAAUUUCACAGAAGAGGGGACGAGAGUAGGGUCGCGCGAGGGCUAGUGCCAAUCAAUUAAUGUUUUCUCUUCUAUACGGGCUUAUUAUCGUCUUUGCGUUUUUGGUUGAUGUUAUAUUUAUACGGAAGAGAGCUUUUUUAUUUUUUGUGGUUCGGUGACGUACAGAUAUUUUUGUGUCGCCCCCUUUUUAAAAUUAAUUUUAUCCAUUCGAUCGAUUACCGAUUAAUUGUUUUAUUCCUUCUUCAAAUUAUAUUGUGAUCAAUAUUUCAUUUUACACCUCCACCUACACGAUACCUUGGAGGACGAAAUAAAGUUUUUAUUUUUAUAUUUUUUAAUUUUAAUGGAAAUAAAAAAACAAAUAUACAAUCGUCGCCGUGAUUUACGGCCUAUAUACGAAAAUCGAAUGAAUUUUUUCGUGACUCUGUGUUUGUUCCUUUGAAUGAAUAUAUACUUAUAUUUAAAUUAAUUACAGAAAAAAAGGCGAUGAAGCCAUUUUUUAUCACGUUUGAGGUGUUUUUUGUCUCAAACUUGGGGGUGCGAGUUUGUGUAUAAGUCUCAUAAUGUUGAAUAAUUUUUCAUACGUAUCGUAUAUAACAAAUAUUAUAUUAUUAAAAAAAAAAAAUAAAAAAAAAGGAAAGAAGAACGAGCGAUGGUAAAAAGAAAAGUGUAUAGGGUAUAUGAAGGGGACACAGCAGAGCUAAGAGAAUGUACAAUCGGGCCGAAUGUCCAGCUUCAGAUCGCGAGUAUUAAGCGCGCAUAUUGUGUAUACCAAUUUAAUGGUAUACGUGACAAA